UAUACGUAAUAGGAUACGUUCGUGUCAUCUAUACACACUAUAAUUAAUCUAACGUGUGUGUGUACUGUUGUCUGCGAAUGAGCAAGAUUAGAAAUGAGGUGGUAAUUCUCAAUACAGCAAUACAUCACAGUCAUUAACGUUAAUUACUCUCCAACCCUGACAAAAGCUCCCUCCCUGCAUUCUCAUUAGCCUUUACCUUCCUUGGGCAUGUGAUGACUCCUCUCUUCUUUCAUUUCUGUCCUGUUAGCACUAAUCACUGACUUAAUGGCAUGUGCUAACAAACCACAAACAAUACUGUCUCAGAAGUCUUCAUGAAGCUCUAUGGAUACCUGAAGCUGUGCAUGCCGAUUAGCCCCUUAAUGAUCAACCCCACGAACAUUCUGACAGAGUAUCAUAAUCCAGCUCUUAGAUAAGCAACAUGAGAAUAAAGGCACCAGGGCAGAGUAUCGGCAUCAGGCUACGUCAGCGAUGCAGAGAUGCAUAGUAUAUAAGCGACCCUCAUUUUCUCAUCAUCAUGAAGAUGAUUAGGAGCCUUACUCUAGGAGCAAUGAGACAUCUGAGUGCUGCUUCGACUAAGAAGGUGCAGCUCGUGCUCUUCCUCGCGCUGAUGAUGCAGUUGUCCUGUAACGCAGAAGCGAUGACGAGCUGCUGCACGCUGAAGCCGCACCGGUGCACGCUGUACGAGCUGCUGUGUCGCGCGAGACACCGGGGGGACCCCACGGACCCGGACGGGAAACUGGGCCGCCUGAGCAGCGACGCCGCCGCCGGGAUCCUCACACUCGGCAAACGGAAAGCGACCGAAACCCGGUACCAGGACCGACUGCAGCAUUUCCUGCACAGCUCGCGCAAUCAAGCAGCAGGCAUCCUUACUAUGGGCAAGAGACUGGAGCUCGAAACCGCACCGAGACACCAGAUUCAGCCUGUAAUCACAAACUCAUACAGACAAUAAUUAGUACAAAAAGAUGAUGCUCUAAAACUGCAUUUUUAUUAUUAAUCUAAUUCUUUAAGACCAGUGAUAGCUGUUGUGAUGUUGUGAAUAUUUCUGUAUACGAAUUGAAUGUAUUUUAAUGCACUUCCUUUAUUAUUAACUAUAGUCAAAUUUAUCAAUUUGAA